GUCGAUUUGGCGAUCCGAUUACCGUGGCACAAAACCCGUCCUCACUGCAGGUGCAGGCGGCUACCAUCUUCCACAAGCAAAGCACCUUUCCCCACCUGCAAAGCAGCGAGCUUUCGUCACGAAAGAAACCAAGACAAACGAAACCCAACUCAGAGUCUCAGGCUCACUAGCUCACACUCCCUCGCAGCCGCAGCCGCAGCCGCCGACGCGCGCGACCUCCAACCGAUCCCGUGGCGGCCAUGGCGGUGAGCAACAACAUCACGGCGUGCCUCAACUUCCUGAUCCUCCUGUGCACCAUCCCCGUCGCCGCCACGGGCAUCUGGCUUGCCUCCAAACAGGGCGAGGACUGCGCCCGCCUGGCCCGCUGGCCCGUCGCCAUCCUGGGCGCGCUCCUCCUCCUCGUCGCGCUGGCCGGCUUCGCGGGCGCGUACUGGAACCGGAAGGGCCUCCUGGCCUGCUACCUCUUCGCCAUGGCCGCGCUCAUCACGCUGCUCCUGGCCCUCCUCGUCUUCGCCUUCGCCGUCGCGCACGGCUCGGGUGGGUACCCGGCCCCCGGCCGCGCGUACGAGGAUUACCGCCUGGACGGGUACUCCAGUUGGCUGCGCAGGUACGUCACCGGCGACCCCCGGCAGUGGGAGGGGAUCAGGGCCUGCAUCGCCGCGUCGCACACGUGCAGGAAGCUUGCCAUGGACAGCGCGUCGUUCAUCACGCCCGAGCAGUUCUACAUGUCGCACCUCUCGCCCAUCCAGUCCGGGUGCUGCAAGCCGCCUACAGUGUGCGGGUACGCGUACGUGAGCCCGACGGUGUGGACGAGCCCGGCGAACCCAGCGGCGGACCCAGACUGCGCGGCGUGGAGCAACGACCAGGGCCAGCUCUGCUACGGCUGCGGCUCCUGCAAGGCUGGCGUGCUAGGGGGCCUGCGCGAGCAGUGGCGCAAGGCCAACGUGAUCCUGCUCGUCGCCACCGUAGCGCUCAUCUUCGUCUACGUCAUCGGCUGCAGUGCCUUCCGGAACGCGCAGACCGAGGACCUCUUCCGGCGCUACAAGUGGGGCAACAUCUGAUCUAGCUCCUGAGCCUAAUCAGUCUAGUGUUGUCAUCGGUGUAAAUUGUGCCAUACCCGUGUCCUGCACUACUACUGCUCAGGCGAGUUGUGUUUGCCGGACUUGUACAGUAGAGUGUAGAUCGAGUACCUGUUAUUUGUGUAAUUUCUGAAGCUCGUAAGAUCUGUUGACGCCGCUGGUUUGCGCCGGGUUUUCGACGAAAUGCGCAGUUGUUCUGUAGAAUUUGCGCUGCGACAACGCGUUCUGCUUAUUUCUUCCAUUCUGCCCUACCACUCUACCAGGGUCCAGGGUGUGAUGAAUCUCUGAUUAGAGAAACUUUGAAGCGAUCGGCGAGUCUCCUUUUGUCUUGUUCUAGUCAUCAGUCAUGUUGUUUCAUGUGCAUGCUACUGAGA